GAUUGCGUAUCGCCAGCUUCGCCGAGCGUAAACACUACGUCGCAGUGCAAACUAGAGCAUAUGCGUUGUUGGACACGUGAAGAGCUAGCCACCACAGACAGGGGUAGUGGUCACGAUGACGCCAGCAGCCCUGUAAACGGGUGCAAUAAACCGCUGUGUUCUGAGCACACAGCACCACAGCUUGGUGCCCAGAACGCCGCGGGGUCUUCCCUUGAACCCCCCUUUGUUUGCUUUGUCAUUCCGCCACUCCCGUUGCCGGCUGGAAGGACAUAAAUUAGUAGCAUCUUCGAAGAAGACACCUAUGGCAUUCGCGAAGUGAAAUCAAUUGUUCACAAAUCGAACCAGGUUAAUACAGGAAUUUAAUGCACCGCAAGGAAAUGAAGACCGUUUCGUGGGGCCUACAGGAACGUUAGCAGGAACAGCCACAAAUGGCUACUACGUUGCACGUGAUCUUGAUUAAAUGUGGAACCUAUAUCACUACCCAACCGCCGCUCCUGUGACUGCCAACCGGAAGUAAAGGUAGUGCAUACCUCUACAUCAAAGUGAAUUGUGCUAGCCAUCCGCCACUCCCAGCCAAGGGAGGCCGCUGAUCCCGCCGCGAUCGGCGAGGGGUGUGGAAAAAUACGUAGAACGAAAACAUAAUGAAUAAGGCACAGAAACUAGUGCUCGGUAUCGUGCUUCUAGUGCUGGUCGAUAUCAUCUGGGUGUCGUCGAGUGAGCUAACCAAGUUCUUGUAUGAGAACGAAAACUAUGACAAGCCCUUCUUCUGCACAUAUUUCAAGGCGUCCAUGUUCACGCUGUACUUGAUAGUGGUCGGAUUAAUAGCCCCGUGGAAGGAGAGCUGCGGCCGCAAUGGGAACUAUUCGCUGAUGGAUAAUGCUGAAGAGGAGGAAAGCUAUUUCGCCAAUGGACCAUCCAGCUUAAGUGAUUCCUCGUUCGUGCCUAUCAAAACGGAGGCCCAAGUUUCGGGUACCGAGAGCGAUGACUCCAGCAUAAGAAGUGUGCGCUUCAGCAAGGUGGCCGAGGUACGCGAAAUGUCUCCACACGAGGCAUCGGAGGCGCUCAUGUCCCGCCUUUCGUACGCAGCCAGUCUGCGUGUCCACCGACAAAAGUCACACCACAAAACGGCCGGAAUAGCGUUACUGUUUUGUGUGCUGUGGUUUAUUGCGAACUACAUGUUUCAACUGGCUCUGGAACCGAGCGAAACGGCCAUGGUAACGCUGCUCAGCUCAACCUCGAGCUUCUUUACCCUUAUUCUGGCCGCCAUGUUCCCAUCAUCCUGUGGCGAUAAGCUAACGGUGUCCAAGUUUUUCGCCGUUCUGCUCAGCAUCUCCGGUGCGGUGAUGGUAUCACUGUCGGAGAUAAGUGAACCGAAGAUGUCACGAGGCAUCGUGCUGGCACUGCUGAGUGCCUUCUUUUACGCCUCGUACCUGGUGCUAGUCAAGCGUAAGAGUGACGCAGAUGGAAAGUUUAGUAUUCCUUUGUUUUUUGGGUUUGUCGGUUUGUGGAAUCUGCUGCUCCUAUGGCCGCUGCUGUUUGUGUUGAACUUUUCGCAGCUGGAAGUGUUUGAGUUACCGACGCGGCGUCAGUUUAUCGUGCUGUUUCUGAACGGGCUGGUCGGAACGGUGCUCUCGGAAGCGCUCUGGCUUUGGGGUUGCUUUCUUACCUCGUCACUGAUCGGUACGGUUGCGAUUUCACUGCAGAUCCCAUUGGCCAUGCUGUUUGAUAUGGUACUGCAUGGCAAAACCUAUCCACCGAUGUUCUAUCUGGGAUCGCUGCCCAUGUUCCUGUCACUACUUCUCGUAGCCUGCCUGGUGAAGUUCGACGACUGUGACCCGCUGCUGAAGCUGGGCAAAACUCUUUACCGACGACUAUGGCUAUGUCGGAGACCCAGCGUUGUCAGAAUACCUGACCUCGAGGAGCAGCACGAGUCACUGAUCGAUGGAAGCCAUGAUAAUUGAAACCACCACCAGCAGCGCCUUCACGCGUCUCUACGGUCGCUAGUCUGGAAAGCCAGUAUAACACACCAGCAUCUCGCGAUUCGCAAUCGUUCCCCGUGUAGAAAGGCGCGGAGGGGAAGGAAGAUCGUGAUACGUUUUUUCUGUUUGUUUUACUGCAACUUGACACCCUCCCUUUUGAACGGCGUACCUUGUACUACUGCGGGGCGGGAAAUGGAAACAUCCUUUCGAAGAAUCGGUCCAUCAUUCCACAUCACCAAAGUGUUCUCGUUUGCAACCAAUAGGCAUUGUUUUGAAUUAUCUUUAGUUUCCAGCAGGGUUUCGACAGAAAAACGUUGCUUAAGUAUUGCAAAAAAUGAGAACAUUGGUCAUUAUUGAGUUCCUUAUAAGUUGAACCAAUAUGCGACACAGAUGACGUAUUAUUCCUACCCCUCAAAUCGAGAAUGACUAUCUCGAGGAAGAAACCAACCAGAAUCUCAGUGUGAAUGUAUCGUUUAAAUUUAGGUAUUUAUCUUUGCACGAAGAAAACAAUCGUCGCGCCCGAACCUGCAUCACACCUGGGAGUUUCUGGAAUCCAAACGCACGAUCAACGCGUUCAGCUGCUAUGAACGUUAAACGCAAAGUCCAGGCACGCUCCGUGAGUGCCCUUUAUCCGAAGGAAUUGCUGUGCUAUUGGGCAGAUUGUAGCGUAUUUUUUUCCUUGUUUCAUAAAUAACAUCCCACAGAAGUUAUAUUGGAGCAUUGCGCGGCAGCAACCAGAGAAAAAAGGAAAGGGACAAAGCAGUGAAGCUGGGUCCACUCGUGACCGAACCUGUUUAACCAGUACUAGUAGCAGCGUCACAGCGAUUUUGUAUUUUAGUUUUUGAUUGUGAUAUAUGAAAACAUAGGGUAUACAUUGUAGCAAACGCCCAUCGGAAUGGGCAUAAAUGGUAUUUGAUGCCCUCUCCUUACCCCCCUCCGGGUGGCGUUUGCGCCACAAGAUUCCAUUCGCGAUGGAUGGAAAUGAAUGAACGAGGCAAACCCAAAAAGACUAAAACCAAUCGCAGAUAGGCGGGGCGUGCAAAACCGAUACGCAGUCGGUGGCAGAAAUUCGAAAUUUCCUGACCACCGAUCUUGGGGUGAUAUGUGUUUUAUAGUAUUAUCGACCGUUUUUAUCGUUACGUCUCGUUUUCCCUUCUCUGCUGCACGCUCCCCUCAUCCCUAUCUAUAUUUCUAUCUCUAUUCGCGUUCGUAGGCCACAAAGUUCACGUGAAUAAUUCAUGGCGUGGCCGAUAGAUCUCACGCAAGGACACUGCGCUCAUGAGCGAUCGUACGAUCCAUCUGGCCAUGGAGGUUCACAAACGAUGCACAAAGUAUUAGCGACAACAACACAAACACCCCAAAAAGACACGCGACUUACAAGAGCUGGCAUACUCACUUAUUAACUAUCGCACCGUAGUUUCUUGAGCGGCAGCAGUAGCAGCAUCCUUCCAUCAAUUCAACAUCCACAGACACAGACAAACAUACACACGCACACACACUUAUAAACUCUAUCCCAAGCUGUGUUCUCCUUCCGUAAGGAAUCUGGGAUUAUUAAAACAAAAUUACCUAACUCUCUCGAAAAAAAACUUUCUACUAUACACACACACACACACACGUACACAGCACAGACACGAGGCGGGCACUAUUUCGCAAUAAGGGCGGAGAAUGGAAAAUAAGAGGUUGGCAUUACACUUUGCGGUCAAAGCGCGAUGGGCCACGGGCCACGGAAAAGUACGAGUGGAAGGGGUCAGCGGCGAAGGAACCUGUAACGCGAAUCGAACGCAUUCCUUAUAUUGGAUGGUAGGGAUAGGAUAGGAUUUUUUGUACAAUUUAUAUGUGAUAAAAAGAAGAAAACAAACCCAUUUAUUGGAUAAGAUUUACACUUACCCGUUCUUCAAGAGCAAUCCAUAUUAAUACGGGAUGCGUUGUGCGGGGGAAGAAGGGAACUCUCCUUUCACUCGAAACCACCCGGAGGGCGAUGGGUGAAGGUGGAGAUAGAUAAACAAAAAGAACAACAGUGAAAAAAAGGAAGCUAAAAGAUACGAGGUGUCGAAAGUGAAACAAAAGUAUUUAACACUAUAAGAGCUAAGUAAAUAGGCAUAAGGAUCUUCAAACAUGCAGCAGGAUCACACAAAAUAAUAUAACUUUACACACCAGUAGAAGCCAUACUAAAUGAUAAUAAAAAUGAACACGUGACCGGCCCGGCAAUAGUGGAGGUGAAUUUAGUGUGGAAUAUAUGCUAACUUGCGAAUGAGAGGAAACACCGAUCCAUUCGAUUUGUUGUGUACCUUUACCUCUUCUCCUAGCAGAACCUGCGUGUCCACGUAGUUUACGUUCGAUCUCCAAAGACACACACACACACAUGCACGUGUUCACGAUACAUAGGAAACGGAAGCCACGGGUGACGGUGGAAAUCCAUUUUCCGGAACAAUAAACCAAAGCACACCUUUGAGGUGUGCGCGUGUGACUAUGUGUGCGUUAGA